CCCCAGUCCCCAUCCUCCCAGUCUGAGAGCCUCACUGCCACUGGCUUCUCUCCCAACACUCUCUACUCCUGUUCUCUGACUGCUGAAAAUAGCCAGGGAUCUGGACCUCCUGCUGUUGUCACUUUCACUACAAAAGAUUAUAAAUAUUUUCAGCUACGACUCCAGAGUGUACUUCCGUGCUCUGAAGUAAUAGCUACUCUUACAGAGCAGAAACUAAAAGACAUUGAAACCAAAAUCGUACAGAUAUUGAAAGCAGGAUGCGCCGAAUGUAGUAGCGAUAUGUUGGAUGAACAGUCGUUUUCCUGUUUUGAGGAAUCUCCGUCAUUCCUGACAUAUCGAGCCAGACUGGGGUGG